AUGGACAAAUACACUCGCUCAUCAGCCUCCUCUUCAAGGUCUUCUGGCUCAUCGAGGCAGGCACCUGGCCGUGAGACACGGGCCAAUCGCUCGCAAAGUCAUGCAACCAAGAAGACGCCGGCUCACGAACCCGAGAUCAUUUACCACCGAAAAGCCGUUGGAUACAGCGCAGGAGAUGAUGACAGAACAGCCACCGCCAUCGCUUUCCCCACUGGCACCGACACCAAUGCCACCGGCACCUCUCCCGAAGUCCCAAACUCUUGCAAAACCAUCGACGACAAAGUCGUCACACACUUCCUCAUCAAAGCCACUCGGGACGGGGCGGCGGCAUCUACAGACAGUCUCAAAGCCACACCCUCUGUCUGUAAUGUCAACACCGCCUUCACCACCUACAGGGUCCACACCACAUCCCCCAAGAAAUCUCCUAUCAAAACGAUCGAGGCAUCCGCCGCUGCCUUCGACUUCUAA